AUGGCAGUCCUCGCUUCCGUACAAAACGGCGCUCUCGCUUCGCCGCUCGCCUCCGCACAGCCCGCCGCGACUUCCGGCCAUGGUGGCUGCGGAUCGCGAACCUCCUUUGCGGUUUCCGCUUCCUCGCGCCGCUUAUUACUACUUUCGGCGGAGUCCGCCGCUCCCGCCGCAGGGCCGUCGCACGUGCUUAGACAAAGUCGCACUCGCACUUCAAACCCGUUCAGGAGUCCGUCUACUCUUUCGCCGAACUUACUACGACUCUCAGGGCACUACCCUCGUAGCGCCAACAAGCGAUCGUCGACGGUAACGGUAACAGCAACGGCGGCGUUUCCGAGUUACGGCAUCCCAGGCUACUCGAGUCCUUCUGCGGAAGAUGCGGCGAGUAUCGCGGGCAGCCAUGCCCCUGCUGCACGGCCCUCCUCUAGACCUGCGACCGGCGCCAGUAGCGGGGGAAAGACGAAGCAGGGUCCGAAGCGCGGCGACUCGAAGAUUGAGUUCCGGAACCCGUGGUUGUAUCAAUCUCCGAGCGACUAUGCGUCGCCGAGGAGCUAUGUCAGCCCACAGCCGUACGGCAUUCGCCUCACCACAGCGCCGGAGGCUCCGCCCAAACCCUCCGCGCGCACCACCUCCCCCGCGCCGCCGACUGCCUCCCCCUCCCCCUCCGCCUCCGCCUCCCCCGCGGCGCCACCCUUGCUGUCCGCGGCUCUUUCCGCCGCGGAGGGCGCGGUCAGGGAGCGCGGGGGGGCGUUUAUGUGGGGAUGGGCGGAGCGGGGGCUUGGGGGGGUGUCGAGGUCGCUGGCGCGCGUGUGGGUUUCUGUGGGGGCAGUGGCGGUCGCUGUUGCAGUCUCCACAGUGGUCCGGUUGCUGCUCUCCCGUUCUCUCCCCGCCGUGCUUCCCGCUCUGCUCGCUGCCUCUGCGCUUGCGCUCGCGUCCGCCCUCCUGCCCUCGCAACCCGUGCUCGCGUCACACACUAUCACUGCCAUUCUCUCAUACCUCCUCGCCGCCUCCCUGCAAGUGGUCUUCUCACCAUCAGGGGCGCCUCUCUCACAGCUCGUCCUGGGCCUCCCUGCCUUUCUGGGAGCGCUGCUGGCAGCACCAGCGCUGCUUUACAAUCUCGCUCAUGCCACCGCUGCCACCACCACUGCUGCCUGA